GGCUGUUUGGAAGUUUGUGGCGGCAGAGAGGUUGAGUUCCCUGAAAUGAACAACAAUGGAUCAGAAAAUUAUAUCUCUGGCUGCAGAAAAAACAGCAGACAAACUCCAGAAAUUUCUUCAAAACCUGAAAGAAGAUGAUCUGGCUAAUCUUCUUCAGAAUCAAGCAGUGAAAGGAAAAGCUGCUGGAGCACUCCUGAGAGGCAUCUUCAAAGGAUCCCCCUGCUCUGAGGAAGCUGGAGCCCUUAGGAGACGUAACGUAUACACAUUAUGUAUCCAGUUGGUGGAAUCAGGGGAUUUGCAGAAAGAAGUAGCAUCAGAGAUCAUAGGAUUACUGAUGCUGGAGGCUCACAAUUUUCCAGGACCAUUAUUGGUUGAAUUAGCCAAUGAAUUUAUUGAUGCUGUCAGAGAGGGCAGCCUAGUGAAUGGAAAAUCUUUGGAGUUAUUACCCAUUAUUCUCACUGCCCUUGCUGCCAAAAAGGAAAAUCUGACUGAUGGAAAAGGUGAACUGAGUGGGGAGGAAUAUAAGAAGCAGUUGAUUAACACCCUUUGUUCUGGCAGAUGGGAUCAGCAAUAUGUGAUCCAGCUCACUUCCAUGUUCAAGGAUGUCCCUCUGACCGCAGAAGAGGUGGAAUUUGUGGUGGAGAAAGUGUUGAAGAUGUUCCCCAAAUUGAAUCUUCAAGAAAUACCACCUUUGGUCUACCAGCUUCUGAUUCUCUCCUCAAAGGGAAGCAGAAAGAGGGUUUUGGAAGGAAUCAUGGCCUUCUUCAAUGAGCUAGAUAAGCAGCACAAUGAAGAACAGAGUGGUGAUGAGCUGUUGGAUCUUGUUACCGUACCAUCAGGUGAACUUCGUCAUGUGGAAGGCACCAUUAUUCUACAUAUCGUGUUUGCCAUCAAAUUGGACCGGGACCUAGGCAGAGAACUCCUGAAACAUGUAAAGACAGGACAGCAAGGAGAUUCCAGUAAGAACUUAUGUCCCUUCACCAUUGCUCUCCUGCUGUCUGUAACAAGAAUACAAAGAUUUGAGGAACAGGUGUUUGACCUUUUAAAGACUUCAGUUGUGAAGAGCUUUAAGGAUCUUCAGCUCCUCCAAGGCUCAAAAUUUCUUCAGAAUCUAGUCUCUCAUAAAUCUUGUGUUUCGACCAUGAUCCUGGAAGUGGUAAAAAAUAGGUGAGUUGGUGAACCAUACGCCUGUAGAUAUGUAAGGUAUUUACUGUUAGAAAAUGCAGUGUGGUACCAAAUUUAUGGCCUGUUACGGAUUGAAUUAUGUCCCCCCCAAAAUGUGUUGUAAAUCCUAACCUCUGUGUCUGUGGUUAUAAUCCCAUUUGGGAAUGGGUUGUCUUUGUUAUGUCACCAAGAAGUAUUCCAUUGGUCAUUUUAUUGGUUCCUCUAUUCUUUUUAGAUCCAUGAGAUGAUCAGACAAGAAAUCCUGGAGCAAGUCCUCAACAGGGUUGUUACCAAGGCAUCAUCUCCCAUCAGUCAUUUCUUAGACCUGCUUUCAAGUAUCAUCAUGUAUGCACCCUUAGUUCUUCAGAGUUGUUCUUCGAAAAUCACAGAAACCUUUGACUAUUUGUCAUUUCUGCCUUUUCAAACUGUGCAAGGACUGCUUAAGGCAGUGCAGCCCCUUCUCAAAGUCAGUAUGUCCAUGAGAGACUCCCUGAUACUUGUCCUUCGGAAAGCUAUGUUUGCCAGCCAGCUUGAUGCCCGAAAAUCUGCAGUCGCUGGGUUUUUGCUGCUCCUGAAGAACUUUAAAGUCUUAGGCAGCUUGUCGUCCUCUCAGUGCAGUCAGUCUGUUGGUGUCAGUCAGGUCCACGUGGAUGUUCAUAGCCGUUACAAUUCUGUUGCCAAUGAAACGUUUUGCCUUGAGAUUAUCGAUAGUUUGAGGAGGUGCUUAGGCCAGCAGGCUGAUGUCCGAAUCAUGCUUUAUGAGGGGUUCUAUGAUGUCCUUCGAAGGAACUCUCAGCUGGUUAAUUCAAUAAUGCAGACCCUGCUCUCACAGUUAAAACAGUUCUAUGAACCAAAACCUGAUCUGCUGCCUCCUCUGAAACUAGAAGCUUGUAUUGUGACCCAGGGAGAUCAAACCUUUCUACAAGAACCACUGGCUCAUCUGCUAUGUUGUAUUCAGCACUGUUUGGCCUGGUAUAAGAGUAGAGUGAUGCCCCUACAGCAGGAAGAAGAGGAAGAGGAAGAAGAAGGAUUCUACCAAGAACUAGAUGAUAUGCUGGAAUCUAUCACUAAUAGAGUGAUUAAGAGUGAGCUAGAAGACUUUGAAUUGGAUAAAUCAUCAGAUUUUUCUCAGACUACUGAUAUUGGCAUCAGAAAUAAUUUCUGUGCUCUUCUUGUGAUGGGAGUUUGUGAAAUUUUAAUAGAAUAUAAUUUUUCCAUAAGUAAUUUCAGUAAGAAUAAGUUUGAGGAAGUUCUAAGCUUGUUUAUGUGUUACAAGAACCUCUCUGACGUCCUUAAAGAAAAAGCUAGUAAAGGCAAAGCCAAAAUGGCCAACAAAACAAAUGAUAGUCUUUUGUCUAUGAAAUUUGUGUCUGAUCUUCUCACUGCUCUUUUCAGGGAUAGUACCCAAAGCCAUGAAGAGAGCCUGUCUGUUCUGAGGUCCAGCAAUGAAUUUAUGCGCUACGCAGUGAGCGUGGCUCUGCAGAAGGUACAGCAGCUAAAGGAAGCAGGGCAUGUGAGUGGUGCUGAUGGCCAGAACCCAGACAAGGUCUUUCAGAACCUCUGUGACAUAACAAGGGUCUUACUAUGGAGAUACACUUCAAUUCCUACUUCAGUGGAAGAGUCAGGGAAAAAAGAGAAAGGAAAGAGCAUCUCACUGCUGUGCUUGGAGGGUUUGCAGAAGAUCUUCGAUGCCGUGCAGCAGUUCUAUCAGCCCAAGAUUUGGCAGUUUCUCAGGGCUCUGGAUGUCACAGAUAAUGAGGGAGAAGAGGCAGAAGUUAGUGUCACACAAAGAGCAACAUUCCAGAUCCGGCAGUUUCAGAGGUCCUUGUUGAAUUUACUUAGCAACCAAGAGGAAGACUUCAACAGCAAAGAAGCCCUCCUUCUAGUUAGUGUUCUCUCCAGCUUGUCCAAGCUACUGGAGCCCUCCUCCCCGCAGUUUUUGCAGAUGUUAUCCUGGACAUCUAAGAUUUGCAAGGAAAACAGCCUGGAGGAUGCCUCAUUUUGUAAGGGCUUGAUGAACUUGCUCUUCAGCCUUCAUGUUUUGUAUAAGAGUCCUGUCUCCCUGCUGCGUGACUUGUCCCAGGAUAUCCAUGGGCAGCUCGGAGACAUAGACCAGGACAUAGAGGUGGAAAAAACAAACCACUUUGCAAUGGUGAAUUUGAGAACAGCUGCUCCCACUGUCUGUUUGCUUGUUCUGAGUCAGGCUGAGAAGGUCCUAGAAGAAGUAGACUGGCUAAUCACCAAGCUUAAGGGACAAGUGAGCCAAGAAAUCAUAUCAGAAGAGGCCUCUUCUCAGGCAGUCCCACCAAAUCAUCCCAUUGAGAAAGCCAUCAUCAUUCAGCUGGGAACUCUGCUUACAUUCUUCCAUGAGCUGGUACAGACAGCCCUGCCAUCAGGCAGCUGUGUAGACACUUUGCUAAAGGACCUGUGCAAAAUGUACACCAUUCUUACAGCACUUGUCAAAUAUUAUCUCCAGGUGUGUCGGAGCUCCAGAGGAAUUCCAAAAAAUAUGGAAAAGCUGGUGAAGCUGUCUGGUUCCCAUCUGACCCCCCUGUGUUAUUCUUUCAUUUCUUACGUGCAGAACAAGAAGAGUAACAGCCUGAAAUCUGCAGGAGAGAAGAAAAAGGAGAAAACUGCUGCUGUUGCCACAGCCAUGGCCAAAGUCCUUCGGGAAACCAAGCCAAUCCCUAACCUCAUCUUUGCCAUUGAACAGUAUGAAAAAUUUCUCAUCCAUCUUUCUAAGAGAUCCAAGGUGAACCUGAUGCAGCACAUGAAGCUCAGCACCUCACGGGACUUCAAGAUCAGAGGAAACAUCCUGGACAUGGUUCUUCAAGAGGAGGAGGAAAACGAAGAGGGCACUGCAUCAGAGCACGGGGGACAGAACGAAGAACCAGCCAAAAAGAAAAGGAAAAAAGAAACGAAAUGCCUGAGUUAAUGUGAA